AUGGCUACCGCCACGGCCGCGUUGGAACUCAUCUCCUCGGCAAACCUGCGGCCAACUGAACACCAACUUCUGAAGCAUUUCAUCGAGGGUGCCGUCGACUCGGACCUCGCUGCACAGUACUUACUUUCGAGAAUCAACCAGAGCGCCCAACAUGACAUAGAGACAUGUCUGCGUAAUUUCAAGCAGGACUGGAGAGAUCUGGUGACGAGAGCGACGACCUUUGACCCAAUCCCUAAGCGCCUUGACAGUUUGGUCCGCCUGAGAGAUGGCCCCAACUGCUUCAUGACCAAGGGUCAACAGGGUGAUUCUGUUGUGGCUUCUGAAUCUGCGUAUAUACUUCCUCCCUCUAUGUUUCGUAAUCUCGAAUCUGUCAGAGAGGGUCGCUUGUUUUCUGUACUAGAGGCCUUUCUGUCUCCCUUUCACAUCAGUCGACUGUGGGCUCUACUUUUGAACCAGACAGAUGAUGAUCAAGCUUCUCUUCAGAAUCUCUGGCUCCUCUCGCCAAGUAUCCACAAGGCUUUUCGCGCGGGACAUGUGGAGGUGAGGCUAAAAUCUGAACUGAAGUCCGAACUACUCCACCGCAAAAUUCCUGAAUCCGAGGUAGACGAAACGACGGAGACAUUCGAGUAUGUGCUGCGCAGGUUGUAUCCCGAAGAAGCUUCGGGCCUUGAUUUUGGAAACAGGACCAAAUUUGAGGGCUCGCUAUGGUUCUUUAACAUUUCCACAUCCGACGCCAAGGCCUUAAGUCUUCCAAGCCCCUUUCUUUUCAGGGUCCAUCAUCGAUUCGCUACUGCUUUACAUCUCUUUUCAAUCGAGGAUAAAAUUGCCCGGGGCUGGCCACGGCCACAGAAAGAUUUUCUCGGCCCACGUGCCCGACAGGUUUUCUAUCGCAUGUGGCUUUACGUACCUAUUUGGGCACGUAUGCGGUGCUAUAGCCUACUCGUACGAAUUGGAAGGUGGCUUUACGGCCCUUCUACAGCGUCAUGGGUUCAACGGGUCCCGUUUGGACUGGUCGUCAAGGACUGCGUCCGCGGAUAUAAGAAUGAGCCAAAUGCUCUCAGACUGGUUGAAAAGUAUACAUCUAUUCCCGCGCCGCGCGUGAUUGAUGUCGGAGAGUACAAAGAUGCCAAGUAUCUCGUUAUGACGCGCCUCCCCGGGCAGACACUGGAGGAUGUCUUCCAUCUAAUGACAUACGCCGAGCGUGAUCGCUUUGCCGAUGACCUAGGAGCGUACGCCGCACAGCUCCGAAGGAUACCCAACACCACCCCAUAUCUCUUUUGCGACACGCUGGGGGGUCCCAUUAUUGACCAUCGAAUGCCAGACGGAGGCGGGGGGCCCUUCAACAACGAAUCAGAUUUCAACAACCAUCUAACGAGCCAUCUAAAAUGCACCUCAGCCGAAUUCUUCCCCGACCAGGCUCUGCGCCUGGAUCACCGCUCAUACUUCACGCACUCUGAUUUUCACUGGACUAAUCUGCUGGUGGAGAAUGGUCGGCUGAGUGGCAUCGUUGAUUGGGAAUGCGCGGGGUAUCUGCCGGAGUACUGGGAAUUCACGAAGGCGAUUUGGACUACGCUAGGUAGUGCGGAAAUGGGAGGCUUGUAUCGUCGUGCAUUGGGAAAUUAUUAUGAACCGGAGCUCGAGGUGGAGAGGAAGCUGUGGAGGUAUACUCCGUUUGGGGUGUGA